AUGGUUUCUAGUACAGUCGGGCUCGAAGCAUGGUUCAUCUCUUCACUGGCCGGUGCCGGCCAUUGCCAUAAACACACUCCAAAACCCAUACGACCAGUCACAUUUUUUACAUCUCACAGACCUAAUGUCUCUACGAAGGACCUAAGUUCGACCAAACCUAUUCCACGGCGACGGAAUUUCACGGGUAACACACAAUCUGAGGCGGAAGAGAGGAGAACAACCAAUGAGGCAAAUCAGACUCGAGAAGAGCUCAUGGAGCUUGUGGAUCAGUACCAUGGCACUUCGUAUACACAUCAAUUACCCAUAGUGGAGUCCCCGAACCUUUAUCAGCCAGGUAACGGCCCUCAUCUGCAGGUUUCGGACGAAGAGGAAGACGAAUGGCCACCCCCACUUCAGGCAUGGCCUGCCGACGGCGAAACAAAAGAGAAGUUGAAAAAGCUUGAAUCCGCAUUGAAACAUUUCUACACUGAGGACGCAGAAGAUGUUUAUCAAAUCUACCGUGAACUGCCGGAACCUCGCGCUCCUUAUCUAGAAGCCAAUUUAAGACACAUGUUACUUCGCCACUUGAGUAUAGUGGAAAGGAAGGACGAGCACUCGAUGCUCAGGUACUUUUCGGUCGUCGACGAUAUGAAAUCAACCGCUAUUCCCUUAACUAUUUCUGAAUGGACGAGUGCCAUUUCUUUUGCUUCCAAAUACGUUGCCAAGGCCACAGAAGUAGAGGUUGAAAGUGCUUUGAAAAUGUGGAAGGAAAUGGAGCAUAUCGCAGGUGUCAGGGGUAAUAAUGCAACUUUCAAUGUUCUUUAUGAUGUCGCAUGCAAAGCCGGUAAAUUUACUCUUGGGGAAAUGAUCUAUAAAGAAAUGAUAGCCAGGGGUCUCGAAUACAACCGAUUUCAUUAUGUUAGCAUGAUAUUUACUUGUGGUCUGAAGAAGGAUGGGGAUGGAGCACGAGCAGCAUAUAAAGCAUUGGUCGACGCUGGAGAAAUUGUCGAUACUGUUGUCCUCAACGCGAUGAUUUCAGCUCUCAUUAAAUCGUAUGAGCCUAGCGCCGCAUUAAAUAUCUAUGAGCGAAUGAAAACUAUGCAUGCCGAGCGUACGGGCACACAGGAAUGGCACAGAAGUUUCAAGAAUCGUCGAGAAGUUAAGCGCGGAUUGUUACGAAUGGCAAUGGAGUUCAGGCACGAUCCAGAAGGGCGAGCGAAAGUUCAGGAAAGGUCUAUCGUCUGCCCAGAUCUUCAAACAUACAGACUUUUAGUCAAUCAUUUUGCAAUCACCGAAGGCGAACUAGACAAAGCCGCUAAAUUUCUAGAAGAAAUGGGUCUCUUCAAUGUUCCCCUGCACGGUGCACUUUUCCUGUCUCUUUUCAAGGGAUUCCACCUUCAUGGCGGUACGCGAUAUACGAAAUGGACCGCUGCCAGAUUGGAAAGUGUAUGGAAAGCAUAUCUGAAAGCUCUCGAUAAAGGCGUGGAAGAUAUAUACAUGUCAACCUGGAUCGUAACAAAUGUCCUCAAGGCAUUCGCAACGUGUUCUGGUCAAGCGAGGGCAACUGAGGUAUGGAGGGAUAUUCGUGAGAGGUGGCAGCCGGAUGAGAGACAGCUUAAUGCUAUCAUGCCUGAUUUAUAUAGGAUUGGUAUACCAGAAAAUGGCUAG